AUAGCAGGAACAGUCGACCGCCGAUUCUGGAAAAUGCAGACUACAGGCGACAAUAUUGAAUAGUUUUUUUCACCCGCUGAAUAGUAUAGAAAACCAUUAAAUGUAGCGUCAAGUCCUCUGUUUUUCAACUGUUUGUGAGAAAGUAGCAAAUAGAAGAAAAUGCCUCCCAAACCUAAUACCAAAGAGACAAAGAUUCUAAUGUCUGAACUGCUGUUACUGUGUGAAUGGGGAGAAUGCUCUCAUCAGUUUAAUAAUAUGGAGGAAUUCUUAUCUCACAUGAGUCAACAUCUUAUAGGACAUCAUUAUGAAGUUGGAAGGGAUGAUCCUAAUACAGACGGAGAGUUCCCAUGUGAGUGGAGAGAAUGCAACACAAUGGUCCAAGGACGUAGAACAGAUUUUCUACGCCAUGCCUACUUCCAUUGUUUUCAUGUCAAAAUAAAGAAUAUAGGAGAGCAGAUGAUACGUAAGAUGAAUUUAAGGGGAUGCUUGUUAGAGAACCAAAGUCGUAAUUUGAUACCAGAAUUACCAGAGAGACUUCAAUGUGGAUGGAAUAUGUGUGAGACAAUAAUUGACAAUCCAGAGAUAUUUUACCGCCAUGUAGAUAACCAUUCAGAGACAUUUCCUGAGGGUAACAAUUUAGAACACGGAGCUAGGUGUGAAUGGGAAGGGUGUGAGACAGUUGCCAAAAAUAAGUAUAAAUUACGUGAACAUCUACGUAGUCAUACACAGGAAAAGGUGAUAGCAUGUCCAACCUGUGGAGGACUAUUCUCAUCAAGGACCAAGUUUGUAGAUCAUGUUAAAAGACAGGCAGGGGUUGAAUCCCAGUGUUACCAGUGUUCCCAUUGUAAUAAAAGAUUCUCAUCAGAAAGAUUACUCAGAGACCAUGUUAGACAUCACGUCAAUCAAUACAAGUGUCCUUGUUGUGAAAUGACCUGUCCAACACCAUCAAGUUUGAAGUCCCACCUUCGAUAUCGUCACACCAAUGAAAAACCAUAUAAGUGUGAUCAUUGUGACUAUCGUGCCAAGACAUUCUCGGAUCUAAGAAAGCAUUCAGAAACCCACACCGAAGCUCCAUUCACUUGUCAUUUUGCAUCUUGUAAUUAUGUAACAAGGUCCUUUGCUAGUCUUACCAAUCACUUCAAACGAAAACAUCAGGAUGUAGCUACACAGAACUAUGCCUGCCAUGUUUGUUCGUCAGUAUUCACCAGAGGUUCUAAACUAACAGUACAUCUGAAGAAGAAACACAAAUUUAAAUGGCCAUCUGGUCAUUCUAGAUUUAGGUAUAAAAUGCAUGAAGAUGGAUACUUAAGAUUACAGACAGUACGUUAUGAAAGUAUGCAACUUAGUCAAAACCAGGACUCAACAGAUGGCAGUGAAUCAAAAGACGUCAAUGAAAACCAGGACAAAUAUGUUGUCGUACAUGAUCAAAGUUCUGAAAUGAUCUGCAAUGAUGAUACGGACAUGGAAAUGGAUGACACAAAUCCUCCGUCUGAUGUUGUUACUAUAGCAACGGGAGAUGAAUCUACGGGAUAUGUAAUUAAAACCACAGAUUUACAAGGACAUCAGAUUUGUGAUAUAGGAAAUAUUGUCAACAUGGUUAAUCAACCAUCAGAAAAAACAAGUGAUAUUGGAAGCACCAUUACUAUUGUAACUCAACCAUCAGAAAAAAGUUGUGAUGUCGGAAGUAUAGUGAGCAUGAUACCUCAUCCAUCAGCAAAUGUCUGUGACAUAGGAAAUAUUGUUUCCAUGGUGACUCAAUCAUCUGAAAAUUCACACAUAGCAACUUUAACAGAUUUAGAUGGAAGUGGACAACCAAGGGAGAUAAAUGUGACUAUAGUAGAGGCCCCAGAGGGUGGAUUUCAAGUUGUUGAUUUAUCAACAACAAAAAAGAAGAAAGAGAAACACAUGACCUAUAAUUUAGAAAUGUUAAGUGAUGUUGCUAUAACGUUACCUGGUGGGGCUGACCAGAGUGAGGAAUUAUGAUUUCAAAUCAGUUUAUUUAUUUAUUGGUGCUCUGUAAUUUGUUAAUGUGCUUUAAAUCCUAAAACAGAAGAUGGUGAAAAAUAUAUGGCCAGUUUAUAUGUAUGUCAACAAACUUUAGUGGCUUUAUUGAUUGAAUUAUUAUUUUGUUACCUAAUUUCUAAGCCUUUUUACAAUUUGAAAUUGUAAUGCAAAAUGUAGAUAUAUUUUCGACACUUGUAGAAAGACUUAUUAGUUUGUUAGUUUCAGUUUUAAAUAUGCCUUUGUUUGAUAUUUAGAUAAAAACAAAAAUUAAAUAAAUUUUGACAAUUAAAUUGGGUAAGAAGAAUUGAAUCCAAAAUUUUUUAUACAAAGAUGAACUUAUAUCUUUACAAACUGAUGCUUUAUAUCCUUAAAACCCAUAAUUGUCCCCUGUGUGAUGCAUUGCAGGGGGUCUUAACAAUACUGUGUGUCCAGCUGUCUGUCUGUUUGUCUGUCCAUCUAGUCUUAUAAGCACUCUCAUGUGUACAAUUCUUACCAGAUUUUUUAUGAAAUAAUAUCAAAGGUUUAUAUCAGCAAUGUCUCAGACAAGUUGGAAAAUCAGUGCUAAACAACUAUUUUUAAAGGAGUUAUGCCCUUGAAUAUAUAAAUUAUAUGAAAAAUUGCAUUGUAAUCUCUCUCAAGUCUAUAAUUCUAGCCAGAUAUUUAUGAAAUUUAUAUCAAAGGUUCAUAUCAGCAAUGCCUCUGACAAGUUUGAAAAUCAGUGCUGAUCAUCUUCCAAAAAAGAGUUAUGCCCCUUUGAAUAUUAAUUACAGUCGAUUCUCGUUAUCUCGAAGUCAGCCGGACCAGAGAAAUAUUUCGAGAUACCCGUAGUUCGACUCAAACGAAAACCGGAAGUCUGACAGUCCAAGGGACAUAAAUCUUGCUUAGCUUGGUAAGGCUAAAAUAAAUCCGGAUGGGAAGGGGAUCGAUAUUUUGGUUUCAGAUCGAUGUUUUUGUUUGUUAUGGUCUUUUAAUAUUAUAAUAACAUUUUAUGUCUCUUAUUUAUUUCUUUGUACAGUUACAAUUUGUCCCUUUGGCUUUUAGCCGGUUGAGAGUAAUUUCCAAUCGAUCUUACCGGGGCCUCGGUGGCCAAGUGGUCUAAGUAGUUCUACUACUGUAAUCACUAGCCAGUCAACACUGAGGUUGUGAGUUCGAACCCCGCUCGUGUGGGUGCACUCAACUCCAAUCUUAAUUGACUAUGAUUAUCAGUUUUCCUAUCGAAGGUCGGUGGUUUUCUCCGGGCACUCCGGCUUCCUCCGCCAAUAAAAACUGGCUGCCACGAAAUAGCCCAAAAGUGGCGCUUAAAAGUGGCGUUAAAACACUAACAAUCAAUCAAUCAAUCAAUCCAAUCGAUCUUAGCGUUAUUUAAAGUUGACAAAAUUGUUCAUUCUCGUAUACAAGAGAUUUUAGAAAAUUUAGAUUUCUUUUAAUUUUCUUUCAUUAAAAUAUUUUUCUGCAAGAGAAAAUAAAAAAAAAAAAAAAUAAAGACGCUGAUUGAGUAGUUUUGGGUUGAUCACCAACGGAAGUCUUAAUCCCCACUUUAUACACAGCCAAGCUCAUUAGUGUAUGAUUACGAUUAAUUGUUUUUAAAACAUUUUAAAUAAUUUUUCAUAAACUAUAACAAUGUAUCACUAAUUAUUUAUCAUGGUGAUCAAAGAAUCUUAAAUAAACACUCGUGGAAAAAGCAUGUCAUAAAUCAAUACAGUGGUCAAUGACCGGAAAUUUAAUUACAUGUGUAUUGUCAGAUUAACUCUUCAAUCCAUUUAAAUCCCCAAGGUCAUGUUUUGACAUAUGUGUUUUGAUUCUAGAUAAAUAAUGAAUUUUGAAUGGUUUUGUUAACCUUGGGACCAUAAAUUUAGUUCGAGUCAACCGAAAUUUCGACUCAUUCAAUCUCGACUCAUCAGGAGUCGAAAUACAUAUAUUUAUAUGGAACAAAGUUCCGGACCACGAGAAAACUUCGACUCAUCCGAAAUUUUGAGUCAACCGAGUUCAAGACAACGAGAGUUAACUGUUUAUAGAAUAUUGCAUUUUAAGCAUUCUCACACCUACAUUUCUUUUAAGAUUGUUAUGAAAUUUAUAUCAUAGGUUUAUAUCAGCAAUGUCUUGGGUGAUUUUGAAAAUCAGUGCUGAUCUAUUAUUUUUACAGGAGUUGUGCAGUGGAGGAUCCAGAAAUUUUCAUAAGUGGGGGCCCACUGACUGCCUAAGAGGGGGCCCACUGACUGCCUAAGAGGGGGCCCACUCCAGUCAUGCUUCAGUGAUUCCCUAUAUAAUCAACCAAAUUUUUCCCACAAAAGGGGGGGGGGGCCUGGGCCCCCUAAAUCCACUUCUGUUGUGUCUCAUUUAAAUGUAAUUUAUAUUGAACAUUGUAUUAUUAGCACCCUCACACCUACAAUUCUUGUCAAUUGUAAUGACAAUUACAUUAAAGGCUUUUAUUAACAAGAUCUUGUAGAAGAUUGAUGUUUAUUUUACAAAAGUGUUGAGGAACUUUCUCUUUUAUUUGGUGUAAAUUAAUUCAGUACAUUGUAUUUUUCAAUAAGACAUUUCUAUGAAUUAUCUUACUGAAGGAAUUAGUACAUAUACUGAACUAGUACUUGUAAUAUGUAAACAUUCAGUGUUCACAGGAUUGGUAUUUUGUGUACAUUAACUUGUUAACAUUUGUACAUGUGUUUUGUUAAUAAAAAUAACUUGGU